AUGAGUUCUAAUUGCAACAUUGAAAAAGAUAAGUCAGCUAUCCAUAACUCAACACUAAUGGGUAUUGGAGAAAUAAGUUACAUUAGAGAACAUCUAUUCCUUUCUCAUACCAAUCAAAUCAACAGCCUUAAGUUAAUAAUUAAAACAACUCAUUGA